AUGCCCGAUGACUUUGAGCCAAAAUCAGCAUUGAAGAAUGCUUCAAUGCUUGGCCUCCAGGCCGGUGCCCUAGGACUUGUCUACAGUACCCUCCAGAACGCUCUCGGACAACACUCAUCUGGGGCUUUAGGCGUGUUCACACGGACAGGAUCUACAAUAACAUUUUUCGCUGCGAUGGGAGCUGCGUUCGCAUUCACGGAGGCUACAGUUGCAAAUCAACGUCAGAAGAACGACCAUUAUAAUGGUGCAGCGGCCGGUUGCGCAGCAGGUUUCUUGGCUGGGAUACGAGCUCGUUCAUUACCAAUAGCUCUAGGAGGAUGUGCGUUCCUUGGGACUACUGUGGGGAUAUUUGACAAGGCAGGAGCAUUCACCGGGACGAAAUCAGUGUUGUCGGAUGACCAACGUAGCAAGUUUUUCAAGAAGCCGUUAGACUUGAAAUCAUCUUCUCAAUCAUAA